AAUUAACUUCAAGAUAGAUAAAAAAUUUCAUAACAAGAUCUUAACAAAUCAAAGACCUCUUCAUUUUCAAAAAAAAAUAAAAUAAAAUAAAAAACACUCAAUAAUUAUAUGAAACUUUAUAAAUUUGUCCAAAAAUGGUAAAUCUACUGUUCUACAAACUUUUUUUCUGCCAACAAAAAAAAACACCACCAUGAUUUUAGAAGCUUGGCUAAUUCCCAUCCUCACUCUCUUCACCAUAUCCUGCACCAUCUUUUUUCUAACCAGAAAACAAAACCGCCUACAACCACCAGGCCCACCAGGCCCUAAAGGACUCCCCAUACUCGGAAACCUUCUUUCACUGGACCCCGAACUCCAUACCUAUUUUACUUCAUGGGCCCAAACUUACGGCCCAAUUUAUUCUCUCCAGCUUGGCAACAAGCUCGGGAUCGUCAUCUCCUCCGCUACUCACGCCAGAGAAGUUCUCAAAGACCAUGACACCAUCUUUGCCAACCGUGACGUACCCGCUGCUGGAAGAGUCGCCACGUAUGAUGGGUUAGACAUAGUGUGGUCCCCAUAUGGUGCCACGUGGAGGUUACUGAGGAAAGUCUGUGUAAGAGAAUUACUCAGUCCUGCUACAUUGGAUGCCGUUUAUGGACUCCGUAGGCAGGAGAUCCGGCGUAUGAUCCAUGGGUUGUCAGAGAAAACGGAUAAAACGGUGGUUAAUAUUGGGGAAGAAAUGUUUUUGGUGGUAAUGAAGGUGGUGACGGGGAUGUUGUGGGGAGGAUCGGUGGUAGCUGAGGAGGAGAGAGAAAAUAUCGGGUCGGAGUUUCGGGCUGCGGUGUCGGAAUUAACAGGUUUAUUGAGUGUACCGAAUUUAUCGGAUUUUUUCCCGGGUUUGGAGCGGUUUGAUUUGCAAGGGGUGGAGAAAAGGAUGAAGAAAUGUGCAAAAUGGUUGGAUGGUAUUUUUGAGAAGGUGAUUGAACAAAGAUUGAGAAAUGGUGGUGAGAGUAAGAAGGAUUUCUUGGAGGUUUUGCUACAAAUGAAGGAUGAUUUUGAAGGUGAAGGUAGUGAUAAGGUUUCAUUUUCAAUGACACAUCUUAAAGCUUUGCUAAUGGAUAUGGUGGUUGGAGGAACCGACACUACUUCGAACACCGUUGAACUUGCAAUGGCGGAAAUUCUAAACAAACCAGAGGUGUUGAAAAACAUUCAACAAGAGCUGGAUUCAGUCGUUGGCAGAGAUAACGUAGUGGAGGAGCAUCACACCUUCAAACUCCCUUACCUACUAGCCGUGAUGAAAGAAGCGCUACGUUUACACCCUGUACUGCCCCUCCUAGUCCCUCAUUGCCCAAGUGAGUCUUGCAUUAUCGGGGGUUAUACCAUUCCCAAGGGUUCCCGGGUCUUUGUAAACGUAUGGGCUAUCCAUCGAGACCCUUCAAUAUGGAGCAACCCAUUGGAAUUUGAUCCAGACAGGUUCCUGAAUGCGAAGUUUGACUUCAGUGGGAAUGACUUCAGUUACUUUCCCUUUAGCUCGGGCAGAAGGAUUUGUGUCGGAAUAGCAAUGGCCGAGAGAAUGGUGUUGUAUUCACUGGCUUCAUUGUUACAUUCUUUUGAUUGGAAACUUCCGGAGGGAGAGGAAUUAGAUCUUCAAGAGAAGUUUGGGAUUGUCUUGAGCAAGAAAACGCCUCUUUUAGUUAUUCCGCAUUGCAGGCUAUCUAGUGCAGAUAUGUAUGAUAAGAUUAAAGAUUAAACACCAACUGAUCCAUGUCUGACAGUAUGAUCCAUUUGUGCGGAGCUAUGAUUGUUCUUCGUUCAUCAUCUCAAAUUUGGAAUUUUCCGUUGGUGCGAUUCCAGCAAGUAUUAUCUAUGUGUGCAGGCUUAUCCUUAACUAGCUUCCCGUAACUAGUAGAAGCCUCGGAGGUAAUAUUAGUUUACCAAAUUUAAUAUUUUGUCUAUAUGUUCAAUACGGUUUUUGUGAUGUUGUUCCUAAACGAGCCUUCCUUUGAAUGACAUUAUUGCUUGAUAGCUUAACGAAGAUUUUUAAAUUGUAAUUCGUCAAAAACCACACAUUCUUGACAUAUUUUUGCAGGGUAAAUUAGUCUAUUUAUAUAUUUUUUGUUUUUUAGUAAUUUUCUGAGGUCAUUCUUGCUUGACUACUUGACAAAGGCAUAGGAGUCUACUAUUUCCACUCAAUUAGUAAUCAGGCACAUGUUUAGCUGCUCAUGUACUUAAGGCAUCAGCAAUCAGUGCAUUUUCUGUUUCUAUAUGCAUCAAUUUUUAGGCAGAGAAUGAUAAGUAGUGUACAAUCCUCCAUAAACUGAAGCUUUUCUGCUUGAAGCCAUUACAAAAUUUUAAAACAAUAGUGAGUCCAUCAUGUAUUUAGAAACCUGGGAAAUUCAGUUCCUUACCCUCCUUGCCUUAAUCUGGGCUAUCUUCCUUCUCAAAAGAAACCGAAACCGCCAACAACCACCUACGCCACCAGGCCCAUCGGGCCUCCCCAUAUUUGGCAACCUCUUCUCUCUAGACCCAGAACUCCAUACCUACUUCACCAACUUGUCCAAAGUUCACGGGCCCAUAUACUCUCUCCGGCUUGGAACUAAGCUUUGUGUGGUUAUCUCAUCGGCUAUACAUGCCAAGGAGGUGCUCAAAGACCAUGACCUUGUUUUUUCCAACCGUGACGUGCCCAUUGCUGGGAGAGUCGCCACGUAUGGUGGAGCCAACAUAGUGUGGUCUCCCUAUGGUGCAGUAUGGCGACUGCUGAGGAAGAUUUGUAUAAGAGGGAUGCUUGGCACCGCCACACUGGAUGCUGUCCAUGGAAUUCGCAGGCAAGAAAUCCAGCAGAUGAUUCGGGGAUUGUCAAAGAAAGCAGGGAAAGCUACUGUCAAUAUUGG